CGACGAGAAGUCUCCCAGGACCAGCGCGAGUAUCGAACAAGAAUCCUAUUCGUGUGAACUGUUUCAGCCAAGGUCGAGUGCACGCGUGUUAGUAAAUCACUCGCGUCGAGUGUUUUGAAUCCACAACGUGCUCGAAUAACCUUGCGAUUUAAAUGUGGCCUGAAGAAGACCGGGUCACACCCGCGAUAAACGUGCGGAGACGAUGCAGAAAUGCAGAAUUUGCGGCAGUACGGCCUUCUACAAAGAAGCCGGGUAUUUUUUCUGUCAAACAUGUCAAACGCAGAACGAGGACAUGAGAGAGGAAAUACUUGAGAUACGUGUAGACAGUGCAACGAGAUUACGAAAAACAAGGAUCAGACAGUUGAAAGACAAGUCAGACGGAGAAGCUGGAUGGACUUCGUGGGAAUUGUACAAUUUUGUUUUAAUCGGUCUGACGAAUGAAUUAAUUGAACUCGGAGCUGCAACUGACAUAAAAUUAACAAUAUUACAAUUAUGGGCAACAUAUCUGGGCAAGCUGGAGGUGGCCUUCAUCUCGACCAAAAAGAAGUGCUUGCCAAAAUUGGCAAGGAGAUAUAAGAAAAAAGAUGCUGCAAUCAUUUAUGGCAAGAUGGGAUCACAGAAGAGUUCUAAAAAGAGGAGAAGAAUUGGGAGCGUAAAUACUUCUAUAGUAUCUGGUGGCAUGAGUGAGUGCAGUAGCUCUACGAGGGACUUGAAUAGAAGCAAGAAACUCUUAGCAACUGCAGAUUACGACAGGUAUCUUCAGUCUCAAGCUAGUUCCGAUGGUGAUGGUUUAAGUACGUGCAGCCAAACUGCACCCAGUCAAUCUAGUUCUGUGAAGUCUUCGGCAAAGGAGGGAAAAGUACAAUUUAGCUCUCACGCUAAAGCAGAGGCAAAAAAGAUUAAAGAGCUGUCUAAAGGAGUGCCGAGGUCGAAAAAAGUUAAAUACAGAGAAACACAUAUCAGGACUCAAUAUAAAAUAGGACCUCAGGUAAUUACACCAAUGCGGCUAUGGGCAAUUCUAUACUUAGCUUUAAGGAUAGAGAAUCAACCAAUACAGUUAGGAGAUAUGUUAAGAUACGGAAAGGAAGGGCAUUUAUCUUAUUACAAAUUGGAUCACUUGAUACCGACAGAAAUUAGUUUGACCGCACAAGAGAAAAAUUUUUUAACUCAAAAUAUUGAACUGACGUCCAAAGGAUUGAGGCGAAUGGUUGCGAGCAUGGCCAAGCUUCUUGGCGUGUGGGAGUUACUUUGUCCAGAUUUGUCGUCUCUAGUUGGUAGAUACUGCCAAGAAUUAGGAUUGCCAAGAGGCAUUCGCCUGUACGCAGAAAGAUUUGUAGCUUUGUCUCCUCCGAAAAUGGCAUUUGAUGGAAAAAAAUCGUACAUUCCGAACUACGAAGGUCGCGCGCUGGGUUUUAUUAUCGUGGUGUUGAAGAUUUUGUUAGGUUUAGAUGGUGUGACCGAAUAUCAGAUCAGUAGGAUCGCAGAGAAGAUCAACAGGUAUGUUUAAGUGAUAAGUGAAUAUCUAAUACGUAUUCAUUUUGUUUCGAACCUCAAAAUUUAUGAAUGUAUAGUACCGUUAAUUGACGAG